AUGCAGGAGCUGAUGCGAUCUCUAGAACAACAAGAGCAAGAGGAGCUUGUCAAACUGGUAGAGAAACACAGCAAAGAGAUGCUGUCUCUAAUAGCUGAGAAGGAAAGAGAGAUCGACACAGAGAAUGAUUUCAACCGAUCUCUACCGCCAGAUGUCGCUCCACCAGAGGUUAAAAAGAUGGACCUCUUUGAAAAGUCGGAUUCUGCCGUCCAACGCCUCGAUAUGCAAGCGAUCGAGGGUCCGGAUUUAACCAAUUCACUCAUUGGAGUUCUCCUUAGAUUCCGCCAGGAGAAGAUAGCCAUUGUUGCUGAUAUUGAGCAAAUGUAUCAUCAAGUGAGAGUGCACCCUGAUGAUCGUGAUGCCUUACGAUUCCUAUGGUGGCCGGCAGGAGAUCUCAGCAAACAACCAGAAGAAUACCAAAUGCUAGUCCACGUGUUUGGCGCUACUUCCUCUGCAAGUUGUACAGUCUACGCUCUCCUCAAAAAUGCAGAAGAUCAUGGAAAGGACUUUGAUUUCCAGACCGUUGAAACUGUAUACAGAAACUUCUAUGUUGACGAUUGCUUAAAGUCUGUAGAGACCGUCGAUGAAGCUAAGAAGAUGAUCACUCAGUUUACCUCAUUACUGCAGAAAGGUGGAUUUCAUCUGACCAAGUGGAUAUCGAACCAGGAGGAAGUUCUAUUCAGUGUGCCCACUGCAGAGCAAGCACCGUCGGUCAGAAAUGUAAACUUUGACAAACAGCCGAUAGAACAUGCGUUAGGCGUACAGUGGAACAUAGAAAAGGAUACAUUUGGAUACUGCGUCCGUGAGAGGGAUGUAAAGAAUACCCGCAGAGGUGUUUUGUCAUUUAUUGCAUCGAUAUAUGAUCCACUGGGCUUUGCAGCGCCACUUAUUCUCAAACCUAAACAGAUACUCCAAGAAUUGUGUCGGGAAGGCAUUGCGUGGGACAGUGACUUACCUGCAGAGCAUCUUAAUGCAUGGACACAGUGGAGAGAAGGAUUGGACAAUUUACAAACAAUUGAAGUACCAAGAUGCUUCAAAUCAGCUCAAUUAGCAGAUAUUCAAUCCAUUGAACUUCACCAUUUUUCAGAUGCCUCGUUAUCCGGCUACGGCAUUGUUUCCUACUUGCGAUUUGUUGAUAUUAACCAGCAAGUAUACUGCAACAUUGUCAUGGGGAAAUCAUGUGUUGCGCCUCUGAAAACAGUGACUGUUCCACGAAUGGAGCUAACAGCUGCUACAUUGUCUGCGAAAGUCCACAAACAAAUGAUGGAAGAACUACAACUGCCCAUUCAUCGUGUUGUUUUCUGGACAGAUUCUACGAUUGUGCUCCAGUACAUUCGGAAUUCCGCGACCAGAUUCCACGUUUUUGUUGCCAAUCGUUUACAAAUGAUACAUGAUGUUUCAUUCCCGUCGCAGUGGUAUCAUGUUGAUUCAGAUCAGAACCCGGCAGAUUACGCUUCGAGAGGAAUACAGCUCAGAAGUGAUUACGGUGAUGACAUACAGCGUUGGUUACAUGGCCCAGCUUUCUUGUAUCAGCCCGAGAUACAUUGGCCGAAACAACCAGAUAAUCUACAUGAAAUUCCAGAAAAUGACAGAGAAGUGAAACGUAAAUCAGCUCAAGUACAUGUCACUACGUCGUCGGAAGUAUUGGACGGUGUAGAGCGAUUGUUACAUCAUUUCUCAUCAUGGUAUGCGUUACAGAAAUCAGUUGCCUGGAUUUUGCGUUUCAAACGCUACUUACUGUCCCGCGUGAGACAAUUGACAGUAGAUAGAAACAAUGGACCAUUAACAGUACAGGAAAUCGCGCUUGCUACUGAUGCCAUCGUGAUGUAUGUACAAGCAAAGUCAUUUCACAAAGAGUACAACGUUGUAUCAUCUGCAAUGACCAAAAAACCUGAUUCCAAGGGAUACGUGAGCCCAUUGCGCAAGCUAUCUCCGAUCAAAAUUGAUGGGAUUCUGUGUGUAGGCGGACGUCUCCAGAAUGCAGCGAUAUCUACCUCACAGAAACACCCGAAAAUUCUUCCGCAUGAUCAUCACGUCACUGAAAUCAUUGUGCGACACUAUCACAUUAAAGAAGGACAUGUGGGGGCAUACCACGUGUUAUCUGUGAUACGUCAAGAAUUUUGGAUAACGCGUGGAUUGUCAACAGUGAAAAAGUCAUUCGCAAGUGCAUGGUGUGCCGCAGAUGAAAAGCAGUUCCCAGUAGUCAAGUUAUGGCCCCACGCUCCGACCAGCAAAGAACUUUGA